AGAGAAUUUACCGUAUCGUAGGGGCGCAAUUUUAAGACAGUUUCUGCUACCACGAACCCAUGUACCCUAAGCUUAGUGUCGACUCAUUGGCCGAAGAGACGGUGAAUAUACGACGCAACUGAGAUUUCAGGCAGACUGAUAUAGGACAAAAUCAGACGGGCUCGAUGGUAUAUAAACCAAGCUGAUAACUUCUGCAUCUGCGAAUAAAAAUAUCACAACCGCACCAGUUCAUUCUCAUAUUCAACGCUUCAACUUCUACCUUCACGAGCCCAACCGUUUCAAGCACCACUCCAAAAUGAAUAUCCUUCUUCAACUCUCGCUCCUUCUCGGCGCCGCAUCUGUCGUCUCAGCUGGCUGCUCAGCAUGUCCCCUCGGCAGUGGAAGGUGCACAGAUAGCGCCGGCAAAGGCUGCAGAAAGGGCGAGAUCAAGUAUCAAUGGCUUGUGGCUCAAAACUAUUGCUGCCGCGAGCCCGGAUUUGAGACCGUGAAGUGCUGGAGCGCUUGCUAGACAAGCCUACGUUCGUACAGGAGAUAGGUCUCGUGUUGUCAAAGAUCUGCUUUGGGCUAAGUUGGUUCGAACGAGAAGAUUAUGAUACUUGUCGUAGUCACCAUGAAUUUGAAUCACAAUCUCCAUC